GAUUUGUUCUCCGAAGCCAAACUGCUACUACCGCAGGUGCACUUAAUUAAAUGCAUUAUGUGGUACGUUAAGUGGUUAAAUAUUGAUUGUACGAUCGCGAAGACCAAUCAGAGCGCUCAGGCUAUGCCGAUGCUUAAUUACGAGGUCAACGCACUUGUACAAUUUGCAGUUGGCCGGUCCGAUAUCGUGUGGCUUGUCUGAGCAGUUCCUAGAAAGGAUAGACAUGAUCGAGGAAAUGCCCCGAUUUCUGUGGAUAAGGUUCUGAGGACUGCAACGUGUGGAACUGUUUUGGUGUUUAGAUUCGCUAGGGUAUUGUUUGCAGUGACUUUGAGGUGUGGGUGGACCUUUAAACGAGCUCACAUUUCGGUUAUCACUGAGUCAUUUCCCCAGACUCGGCGUAUGUUGUGUGUUAGAAAGCAACAUGUCUGAUGGACGAUACCAUUCUUAAAACAGAAGCGUAGCCAAGUUCUCCAAAAUAAAUCGGCCGAUCCAGUUAUCAAUUGUCCACCAAGUGCAAGGUCUGGUACGAACUGUACCCACGCCGACGCUGGUCCGUUGCCAAUUUCCAAAUAUCCCCCCUCCAAAAAAAAAAAAAAGUGAGCAAACCCUAAAAAAGAAAUCGGGGAUUCCCUACUUGUUGCUUGACUGCAUGUUAUUGUCAUGAAGGAACGAUCGCGGAGUCGAUGGUCUUUUGCAUCCUGGAGACCUCGCAGUAGGAAGAAGGCACGGGAGGCAGCCCUGGCUAAAAAGAGUUCGACGGACGACAUCCAGGUCUCCUACUCGUCCGACAAUGCCACCCCAGAAGUCAAGGGGACCAUGACACCCCCCGUGGAGCGCAAGACCAAAAAGUCCACAAUACCCCGCUUCUUCAAGCCCUGGAAGUGGAAGAGGAAGAAGAAGGCCGAUGUGGGCAAGGAGCCCAUUCAAGCUUAUGGGAACGAGGUCCCUGAUUCCUCCAAUCAGCCUCUUUCCCCAGCACAAGAGGUUUCCACGCCAGCUGCUCCAGAUGCGACAGCAACAAAUCCAGAGGCUGCUUAUUCAUCAGAUACCUCAGGAGGACCAGAAUGUGUUCCAACAUCAGAGAUGACGGACCAACCAGCCGUCGGUUCACCUGAAGUCACCCAGGUGGAGAUCAACAGCACGGACCCCGAUGUGCCCUCUGUCACUGCCGAGCCGGUGCCUGACGCAGCCCCGGCCACUCUGACUUCCCCCGGUGGCAUAUCCCCGCCCCUGCCCGAGAAGACUGGGAGGGUCAGUCCGGCCUUACCCCCAAAGAAGAGUGUGUCACCGGCUGUCCCACCCAAGCAGGGGGUACGAAUCGGCGGAGUGGGAAUUGCAGCUGACGUACAGGUCGCAGGUUCCCCAGCGGUCAACCAUACCGGUCACAGUGUCGGCUUUGCACCGCAUGACAGAGGUCAACAAGUACCUAGAGCUGUUGGCUUUGGCAGCCACGCACGGAACAUACCUGAUGCCGACGGUGACGCCCGCGAUCCGACCCCCGUGGCCGGUCAGUGCAACGGCGACAUCAACCAUGCCAAUGAUUCGGACGAGGACAGCCUCAGCGACUACGACAACAAAGAGAACGCUCACGAAGACAGCGACUCGGAUGACGAUUAUAACACGAGUCUGGUGGCCAGGGUCAAGCGCAACGACAGUCUGGCCUUCCAUCUGCGUAACCGGCCCACCCGCGAGGCGUUGCAGGCGAGAAACAUCCUGCCUCAGAAGACUGACAAUGAGAAGAAGGAGUUGAUGAAUGCCAUCGGCACCAAGCUCGUCCGGCGUCUCAGCCAAAGGCCCACGCAGGAAGAACUGGAGCAGAGAAAUAUAUACAAAGCUCAGUCCUCGGGCCUGACUGAGAAGGAACAAAAGGAAGAGAGAAAGAGGAUUCUAGUCAGAAAGCUGAGUUUCCGUCCAACCGUUGAGGAGUUGCGCCAGCGCAAUAUUAUCAAAUUCAAUGAGUACGUGGAGGUGAUGGAGGCAUUUGACUACGACCGGAAGGCCGACAAACCCUGGACAAAACUCACGCCGCAGGACAAGGCAUCAAUACGUAAGGAGCUGAAUGAUUACAAGAGCGAAGAGAUGGACGUCCAUGAAGACAGCAAGAAGUACACCAGGUUCCACAGACCUUGACAUCAGCUCUUGGACUAGUCUUCUCUCCAGCCGCAUGUACAGACUGUACAAUAGUGUAAUUUUAACCCCAGCUGUGGAUUUACUGAGGAAGCUACUUAUUCUUCAUGGCAUGACCUGUGACCCAUCACAUGACUUGGUGAAGUUUUCCAGUUACACAUGGCCCAAAAAGGUCACUUAAUUUACAGGUCUGAGCUCACGACAUAAGUUGUUGCAUUAAGACCAUACACAGAGCUAUGUUUGGCGAUCAAAACUUGCAUUUUGACCGAAAACCGCAUUAACCACAAUGCAAUGUAAAUCUGUAAUGUGAGGCUUGGAAUCUGCGCAGAAAGUUGAAUAAUAAUGUUGCUUGCAAAAAGAAUAGCAUAAGUAACCACCAGCAGCCAUCUUGGUAUGGUGCCCCGACUGGCAUAGGCAGUAUACCAUUGUAGUUCAUGAUGGUACAGGGACCCUGUUGACAUUUUUAAUAGGCUGAAGAUGUUUAAACAGGGAUUUCAGCAGCAGAAUUUGCUGUUGAAAAAGUGACUCGAGAACAUAAAGACAAGCAGCUGUAAACACACACAAAAACUGGCCUUUCCCCGUCUAGGGUUGAUUGUGGUGGUCAGAGUUUUAGAAUGAGGGAUGCGUCGUUAGGAGAUCCGACAUUUGUUCAACAACACUGCAACACUUGACUCGUCUUUCAUUUUCUCUCAGUAACCUAAAGAUUAAAGAAAAAUUGGGGAAAAAAAAAUGCAGAAAAACAAACUAAAUUCUCCCCACUGAAUCACAGGUUACAUGCUCUAUUUAAGUAUUGCCUUUUUUAAUAUCUACAUGUAUACAAGCUGUAUGUACUCCUUUUUAUGCAUGUAAUGAGAAUUUAAUGACAGCAAGGAUCUUAGAGAAUGGUUUUCAGUGUAACAUACUAGCAGAAGACCUUUUUCGUGUUUGUAAAGUCUUUGAGAAGUAAUCUUUGAAGCAAAUUCAUGCUGUCUCUAGUUGAUCACGUACGCUGAAUUUCCGGUUUUUUUAACAGUGGUGACGUGUGGAGUGUAGCGUAGAUUUUUUAACAAUGUUGGAUGACUGUCGAUUAAAAUUGUGCAUUGUAGGUGGAAGAUAUAAUCCUCAAAGACCUUUCAAAGUGUAGGGUUUGGCUUUUUCAGUAUUCAUACAUUCUGUCAGGCUUCUGUUUAUCCGCCUGCAUCCUGAUUUCCCUCCCCCUUUUAAGGAUACAUAUAUUCAGAGAAAAGGACAGUCACGGAAUCUUUAAAAAGGCAGUCUGAAAACGUCUGAUUUACGCGAGCUGGAAUAGCUGCUACAUCCUUUUAAAAGUCACUUGACUGGCUGUUAAGCCCAUUUCAUCUUUUUGUGGCUUGGAAUUUGUCAAAUCAUCGUGGCAGUUGACCUAGUGUUACUGACCUUCAAAGCCAAAUCUCCAGUUCAGCGCCAUUUGUCAGUCGGUGUAAUAGGGGGAUAGUCUUUUCAGACACAAGUUGAACCAAGUUUGAUCUUCGUUUCGUUGGAGAAAAGGUACAUCAUAGACAGCCUUAGGAAAUGUCCCUAGUCACGUGAAAUAUUCUGAGCCGUAGGCUGCCUGUCUAUUACUCACGGGGAGUGGGGGAUCUUGUAUAUUUUGGCGGCAACAUUUGGGGCUGAUUUGGGCAUUUGGGGCCCUUACCAAGCAUCAGGCAUACUCAAGUUUUAAGCAAGCGUGUCAUUGAAUAAUCGUCCUUGGCUUAGGGUAAGGUUUCUUUAGGAUAAAUGGUAACGUUGAUAAGAUAUAAACACAGGUGUCGAGUAUUUGACUCUGUUAACUGAUUUCAAGAGUUUGCAUCUUGCUCAUAUUGCUGACUUUGCACCUGCAUGUCACUCAGUAUUUCCAGUGCCAAAGGUCAGACAAGCUGGUCGAUAUGUUUCUUCACCUAAACAAUGCUGUGAUUAGCGCUAUACUUAAUUUAAAAGCCGAAGCUGCAUAGCCAUUUUUAUUUUUCUUAGCAAGUCUUCCAGAGUUAGUUUAAAAAGUGAUUUUUUGUAGCAGGCAAUCUCUAUAACAAUGUAUUCCGUGUUGGCAAAUAUGUAUUUUUUCUUUGUUUUUUGAUGAAGGACAAUGACCAUAUUCUCGGGUACAUUUUAUUAUUGGACAAAAUGACUUCUCAAAGUCUGGGCUUAAUCAAGGCACAAUCAAGGCAAUGUAAAAAAUACGAGGAGUGCAUUUUUUAGAAAGUUUGUAAAACACUUUAAAUUGUUCUAAAGACUGAUUAGCAAGUUUUUAAAAAAAAGGACCUGGAUAGCUCCUCAGCCAUUCCAAAGCUGUACAAAGGUGUGAAGUCUUACACUGGUUCCUGAUCUCUCUACUGGAAUGUGUGGAGGGAACCAGUCUCAACCACUCCCAGCGCUAGAAAACCUCUUCACAAAUCUAGUUUUUGGAGCGUAUCAUAAGAUGGGAGUGACUUCACUUUUAAAAGUCACCGGCCUAUCCAGAUUUUUUUUUUUUAUCCGAGUGUCUUUUUUUUUUUGUUACAGACAUGUUCCAAUUCUCGACCGUAAACAAGACAAGCCCAUAGACAUUGCCCUCACACGAGAACAGUAUUUGACCAGAGCAAUUUGAUACAAAGAAUAGCCGUGUACAUGUAAUGGAUCACACGGAUUAUGGUGUGUCAACCCAAGGGUCGUGGCUUUGGUUGGGUUUUGGUUUUCUUUUUUCGUUUUUUUUUUUUAACUUUUAUUUUCUCACCAUUUUGGAUGGAUAUGUAGAAAUUAAAAGAAUUGAGACGGGACUCGGUUUCCUAAGGAGACACCCUUGUAUGAAUAAAGUGAGUGUUGGUGUUUUGUA